UCAUUUUCCCAAGCUGCACUCAUACGUAACCCCGCCAUCACAUCUGACAACAGCUAGGCCACCAUAGUAAAUAAGGCGCACCGACUUAUCCCCCGGCGAUCUACCAGAGCCAUUGUCGCAUACCAUCCCACGCGACAGCUACCUUACAGCUGUGUUUCGGAACUGUCCCUGUGCGACAACAGCCAAUCAUGCCUAAAUUCGUCAAUACUCCUCUUUACGGGGGCGCCAUCGUGUGCGAUCUUCCUGAACACUUUGCCGACGUCAGCAAGUUGCGCCAGGUGCCAGACAACCAAGAGGUCUGGAUCGACAAGGAUGGAUUCACGAGCAUCAUCUUCGACAUUACGGAGCGCGUGGGCGAACCUGGCUCAAGCCCCCAGAUUGACGGGCGAGCCUUGACCACCCAUCUGGAGGAUCUGGUCGGGGAGGAUACCGAAGGACUAAAGGUCUGGAACACGGCUGAGACGGAAUUUUCACGUCUUGAGCCUAAUAGGCACGGCCGCCUGCCCGCGUAUACUCUCAUAGCAACACAGCAACCACAGGGAGCGUCGCGCGACCGAACCGCCGCCCCGGACUUCACAGCGAUCGUCAUGACACUUCUCCGUCUCGAAGAAAAGAAGACAGAUAUUCUGAUGACAAUUAAUGUCCCGCAUAUCAAAGGAGAGUACGACGAGGACGAUGUCGACAUGGAGCUCGGAAAGCAGGGUAAGCUGAUUGGGAAUGCCGUUGAAAUUUCGGCGCGCAUCUGGGAAUCGUUCAAGAUCAAGGACUGGGGACUGUUUGGGCAGUAACCAGUGAGGGAACGAUCGCUAAUGAGGAAUGAUUUGAUCCCCAAAUUGUCAUCUAUGCAAUUAUCGACUCUAUGG